AUACAAUCCUACACAUGAACUGCUCUUAAUCUUGCCAUUGCCUUUAGAUCAAUUCCUCUAUUCUUUUAGCUGAUAUCGAUAUCAUACCCAGCCAUGCUGUCCAGAUCCCUGAAAUCCAAGGGAUCUCUUCCUUGGGUGCGACAAGGACUUCCUUGCAUUGGCCGUCGCUAUCUAGCUGAUGUGGUCGAUGUGAAGAAUAUCCCAAAUGAAAACGAUAAACCAUUCCAAGUCCCCAUCUCAGAAAAGAGCUUCGAAACUUAUCACUUCGAUCCUCCCCCGUACUAUUUGGAGACGACCAAGAACCAACUCAAGAAAUUGUUUCAAGACAUGACCACAGUAAGACGCAUGGAAAUGGCCGCAGAUAAUCUCUACAAACAACAGAAAAUCCGCGGGUUCUGCCAUCUAUCAACAGGCCAGGAAGCAGUCGCAGUCGGUAUCGAACACGCAAUUACCAAAACCGAUAAACUCAUCACGGCCUAUCGCUCACAUGGCUUCACAUUGAUGCGUGGAGGUACUAUCAGGUCUAUAAUUGGCGAGCUGCUAGGACGACAGGAUGGAAUCUCGUAUGGAAAAGGAGGCUCGAUGCAUAUGUUCUGUGAGAGCUUCUUCGGGGGAAAUGGAAUUGUGGGAGCGAGUGUUCCACUGGGCACUGGGAUCGCUUUUGCGCAGCAGUAUGCCGAUAGAAACAAUGUCACGCUGAACCUCUAUGGCGAUGGAGCGGCGAAUCAAGGACAGGUUCAUGAGUCUUUUAACCUGGCAAAGCUGUGGGAAUUACCCGUGAUAUUUGGCUGCGAGAACAACCAAUACGGCAUGGGAACCUCCGCCGAAAGAGCAUCCGCCAUGACAGACUACUACAAGCGCGGCCAAUACAUCCCCGGACUACGAGUCAAUGGAAUGGACGUCCUCGCUGUCAUGGCCGCCGUCAAGCACGGCAAAGAAUACGUCACGGCAGGCAACGGCCCACUCGUCUACGAGUAUCACACAUAUCGAUACGCAGGACACUCCGUAUCAGACCCCGGAAUCUCAUAUCGAACCCGAGACGAAGUGCAAUCGCAGCGCUCAAACGACCCGAUAUCCAACCUGAAAGCCAGGAUGAUCGAAUGGGGUGUCUUUACCGAAGAAGAGGCCAAAUCAAUUGAUAAAGAAGUCCGGCAAAUGGUCAACAAGGAAGUGGAAGCGGCAGAAAAGAUGCCUGAACCGGAGCCCAGCUUCGACGUUCUCUACCAAGAUAUCUAUGUCCGAGGCAGUGAGCCUCACCAACGACGGGGAAGGACGAUUGAUGAGACGAUUUACCAGAGCUGAUGAUGAUUGCAAGUACAUUAAUUCCAUCAUAAUGAUUAUCUAAUUCAAUGUGUAUAUAAAGUAUGUCAGACCAAUCGUAAGAAUCCCAUAAUAACCAGAAUUAUCAUUGUUCG